GGAGGGGACGUGGGCUGUCACGCGUCAUUGGGCAGAUUAUGUGCAGCAAACAAAAAGUGUGUGUCUGCGUGCCAGUCAGUCACUGCAUCGGGUCCAUCUGUACAACUCGCCUCUCUCUCUCUCUCUCUCUCUCUCUCUCUCUCUCUCUCUCUCUCUCUCUCUCUCUCUCUCUCUCUCUCUCUCUCUCUCUCUCUCUCUCUCUCAUCUUCCUAUCUGCAGCAUCUCUCUUCAUUCCUCUCUCUUUGGACAGAACCUACUAGAAUGACACCGGCACCUCUUGACAUGGAGAUACACUAAUGUAAUAGGCAGAAAGGAACACUGGGUUUCGCCCUCUCGGUUCCAGGUGGCCUUAUUUGGGCGACUCGGUCCAGACCUUAUUUCUGCGAUGGAGGAGUCAGGCAUCCAGAGAGGCAUCUGGGAUGGAGACGCCAAGGCUGUCCAACAAUGUCUGACAGACAUUUUUACCAGUGUAUAUACAACCUGCGACAUCCCAGAGAACGCCAUAUUCGGUCCCUGUGUUCUGAGCCAUACUUCCCUGUAUGACAGCAUAGCCUUCAUAGCCCUCAAGUCCACGGACAAGAGAACCGUACCUUAUAUCUUCCGGGUAGACACUUCGGCGGCCAACGGUUCCUCAGAAGGUCUCAUGUGGCUGCGGCUGGUCCAAUCAGCCAGAGAUAAAGAAGAGCAGAAUCUCGAAGCUUAUAUAAAAAACGGACAGCUGUUCUACCGCUCUCUCCGCAGGAUUGCCAAAGACGAGGAGUUACUCGUUUGGUACGGGAAAGAACUGACAGAGUUACUCUUGCUCUACCCCUGUAGAUCCCACAAAAUGAACGGGUCGUCCCCUUACACAUGCCUGGAGUGCAGCCAGCGUUUCCAGUUUGAGUUCCCCUAUGUGGCACAUCUGCGAUUCCGCUGUCCCAAGAGACUUCACAGCGCUGAGGCGAAUCCCCAAGACCAACAAGGCAGUGGCGUGAGCACCAAGGACCAAGGCUGCGGCGGUGGCAAAGAGCAGCAGCAGCAGCAGCAACAGCAACAGCAGCAGCAACAGCAACAGGAGGCGCCCUUGGUCCCGGGCCCCAAGUUCUGCAAAGCGGGCCCCAUACACCACUACCCGGCGCCGUCCCCGGAGGCUAGCAACCCACCGGCCGCCGCAGGUGCGGGCAGCGCUAAGCCAUCCACGGACUUCCACAACCUGGCUCGGGAACUGGAGAAUUCCCGGGGAGGCAGCAGCUGUUCGGCGGCCCCGAGCCUUGGCGGUAGCCGCACCGGCCACCAGGAGGCGGAGCUGAGUCCCGACGGUGUCGCCGCGGGCGGCUGCAAAGGGAAAAGGAGGUUCCCGGAGGAGGCGGUGGCCGAGGGCGGUGGCGCGGGGCUGGCGGGUGGCCGUGCGCGCUUCUCCGAGCGGCCGCUGGCGGCCUCCAAGGAGGAGCUGGUGUGCACGCCGCAGCAGUACCGCGCCGCGGGCAGUUACUUCGGCCUGGAGGACAACGGCCGACUCUUUGCGCCUCCCAGCCCCGAGACCGGCGAGGCGAAGCGCAGCGCCUUCGUGGAGGUGAAGAAGGCGGGUCGCGCGGCGGGCUUGCAGGAGGAGGCUGCGGCGGACGGCGCGGGAGGCACCACCGAGGAGCCCGACGCGGGAGGCGGCGGCAGUGGCGGUGGCGGUGGCUCCUCCACUCCCGCGGCCGCCUCGCCGGGGGUCGCCGAAAAGCUGCUAGCCCCGCGGCCGGGAGGUGCGCUGCCCGGGCGGCUGGAGGGCGGGAGCCCAGUGCGCGGUAGCGCCUUCACCUCGGUGUCGCAGCUGGGCGGCGGUGGCGGCUCAGGGACCCCGGGGACCGCCGGGGGCGCCGGGGGCGGUCAGGCGGCUGCAUCGGACGAACGCAAGAGCGCCUUCUCGCAGCCGGCGCGCUCCUUCUCGCAGCUGUCCCCGCUGGUCCUGGGCCAGAAGCUGGGCGCACUGGAGCCGUGCCACCCGGGCGAUGGCGUGGGCCCCACCAGACUCUACCCGGCCGCCGCCGAUCCGCUGGCCGUGAAGCUGCAGGGGGCCGCGGACCUGAACGGAGCCUGCGGGCCCCUGGCGAGCGGCGGCGGCGGCGGCUUGCCCAAGCAGAGUCCCUUCCUCUACGCCACCGCCUUCUGGCCCAAGAGCUCGGCCGCGGCGGCCGCGGCGGCGGCGGCAGCCGCGGGGCCCCUGCAACUGCAGCUGCCCUCGGCGCUCACGCUGCUACCGCCCUCCUUCACCUCGCUGUGUUUGCCCGCGCAGAACUGGUGCGCCAAGUGCAACGCCUCCUUCCGCAUGACCUCCGACCUGGUGUACCACAUGCGGUCUCAUCACAAAAAGGAGUAUGCCAUGGAGCCCCUGGUGAAGCGUCGGCGGGAGGAGAAACUCAAGUGCCCCAUUUGCAACGAGUCCUUCAGGGAGCGUCACCACCUCUCCAGGCACAUGACCUCGCAUAAUUGAUGCGGAAAGGACCCUGGCUUUCCACGCGUGUGCACGCAUAGUCAAGCCACCUGAAGGAGCAGACGCGCGAGGACAUCCACCACUUCCUUAUGCCCCCAAAACACUGCAACCAAACACGUACACACACAGGUCCCUCCCCUGGCCAGAAGUCUCAUUAUUCAAAUGUUUAACGUGGGAGACACACACACACACACACACACACACACACACACACACACUCGAAAGGAUGGUGGAUUUUGGAUUGGGUGGGUUGUUUGCGGGGGUUUUCUUUUGAAUGCACGGAUUUUCACUUUCCAAAAAAAAGGUACAUUUAAAAAAAUGUCAUAUAUUGCAACAUAUUGAUGCAUUUGUCAUACGUUUCUACUUAAAUUAUUAAGCACUUAUGGUUUAGAUAUAAUUAUAUGUAAGGACAAAAUUUAUUUUAGAUAUAAAGUAAUGGAGGAAGGUGAGAUGCGUUCUGCAUUUCCUGAUGAAAGCUGUGUUCUUACAAAAAUAAACAAAAUGAAUAAAAACGGGGGUCACCAUUCAGUUUACGUUUCCAGGGGGAAGUGCAUGUAUCAAGAAAUGAUUAUGGACUUCAAUGAAGAAUGUCAUCAAUUAUGUAAAUAUGUAUUUCCUUUUAAUACAAAGUGUAAUUUUGUGCCAGUGAAAUGGAGUCUGAAUAGUUAUGUGUUUCCUUUAUCCCUAAGAGAUUUAUUAAACUUUAUAGUUUAUCAAGGUAUGUUGGAUGCUUUGACAAUAAAUAACUAUUUUCUUCAAAGCAAA